CGAACAUUGUUUUUACUAAUAAUUGGUCGAUUUGCUGCUCUUUAUUUGAAAAUAAAUUAAUUACAAAUCGUAAUUUAUUUUAAAAUAAAAAUCAUUGCAAAUCACCUUUUAGAAGUCUAAACUAAAUAUUCAAAAAAUUUAAAUCUAAACUUCGUAUUAAAAUGUCAAAAUUUUGAAGACUGUUCGAUUAUUGAUUUUUAGUCAGAACACGAAACGCAUAUGCAUAAGUAUAUUAUAUAUGUAUUAAUUUAUGUAUAUAUCUGUAUAUAAUGGAGCAAACUGCACGAAGUGAGCCUCAUACAUUAAUUCAAAAAAGUGGUUUCGCCCCAAGACGUCAGUAUAAUGCAAAUAAUAAUUCGGUGGAUAGCGAAAAUGUGACAAAUAGACCAUCACAAACCAGUCAAAAAACUGCGGAGCCUAUACGUAAAUCGAGGCAUAAGCAAGUGAAGGAUGUGGAUGAAUCUACGGUUUCGGCACCUGUUUGCAGUAAAAUUUCUGUAGAAGAGAAACAACCCCCAAAGGAUUCAAAAGGAAUAAAGACACCUGUUUCGAUUUUACAAGAAUUUCUGAGUCGACGUGGCAUCACUCCAACGUAUGAAUUGGUUCAAAUUGAAGGUGCUAUACAUGAACCAACUUUUCGUUAUCGAGUGUCGUAUAAUAAUAGAGAUGAACCAAUUACGGCCAUGGGCGCCGGGCGAUCCAAAAAAGAGGCUAAACACGCAGCUGCCCGUGCAUUGAUUGAAAAAACUCAAAAUCCUGAUUUUGGUUCUUUAAAUAUAGGAUCUCAUACCAUUUUACCAAAUAUGUGCGAAGGUAACGGGACUACUAUAGGCGGCGGAGAUGGUGCGGAUAGUGUUUUGGGUAAUCCAAUAGGAUGGCUACAGGAAUUGUGUAUGUCAAGUCGUUGGCCACCACCAACUUAUAAUACAGAAACUGAAGUUGGUUUACCACAUGAGCGCCUGUUUACAAUAGCAUGCUCCAUACUUAGCUAUCGUGAAAUUGGAAAGGGUAAAAGUAAAAAAAUAGCUAAACGUCAAGCAGCCCAUAAAAUGCUGGUUCGCCUAAAAAAUAAUCCAUUAGACAAUGGCCAAAUUAAUGAAGCAAUACAGUUUGAAUUAAAUGCAGAGACACGUAAUAAUGCUGAUUACUACAGCGAUUUGAAAGACUUUCCUAUAAAUACCAUAACCACUCAGCACAGUGCGAAGGUAUCACAAUUCCCCAAAAUGUUGAAAAAUUCUACCGGAAAGAAACUUUUGAAAUUGCAGAAAACGUGUCUAAGCAAUUCCACACACGAUUUUAUGAAAGAACUGGCAGAGAUAGCAAACGAAAACCAAUUUGAAGCUACUUAUGUACAUAUUGAUGAGAAGACAAUGAGUAAUAUGUUUCAAUGUUUAGUGCAACUAUCUACAUUACCAGUAGCUGUCUGUCAUGGCACUGGAAAAUCAGCGGAGGAAGCUCAACACCAGGCAGCGCGCAACGCUUUAGAAUAUCUACAAAUUAUGACCAAAAAAUAGCUUCAAAAAUGAACAGAUAAAAUCAAAACCCAACUGGAAAAGCAGUGGUGGAAAAGCAGAUGCUUAACAUUAAGCGACACAUCUCACAGCACAGUAUAUGAAUUUUAU